GGCUAACAUAAGCAUUUGUGUCGUUUACGUUAAUUAUUAUAUACUGUAUUUCAGCCAUAGUUUAUAUUAUAUUUUCAAAACAACACAUUACUCCGUGUCCAGGAGACGGUCAAUAAUUACUUUGCCAACCAGGACAGGAACGUUAACGUAACGUUAUGAACACUGAGAGAAAACAAGUCACCGUAAAGCUGCUGCUAACUGAAAUUAGCAUAGGUUAACACUAUGAGAACGUUUGUUAUUUAACGUUUCCUUCGCCACUUUAUCUUGACGUGUGUAGUGAGCAUUUUCUGGCAGCCAGCCAUCUACACCGCUGAGCUCCUGUCCUGCCUGCACCGCUUCCGGUUUAAAUCUGUACCUGCUCGUGACAGCUUGAGAUGGAGAUAUUCCCCACGGCCCUGGAGAUCAAUUAGAGUAACCCAUUAUAUAAUGACCCCUGCACGCUCUAGCACCUCGGCUACAUUUUCCUGAGUAGCAGCUGAUGAGCGUCCCUACAAACGUGCAAAUGUCCUGGCCAGCUGCAAUUUAAUCUCCCACAAGGUGUCAGAGUCUCAGCUAGGUUGUUACCUCGCCGACCAGCCCCACGUCUAAAAUUACUGUGUCAUUAUCUUUCAGUGCUUUUUAAUGUGGAGUCACCGUCAGGCCAUACAUGACUUUGUGCACCAAGGAUCAAUAGACUAAUGCUAAUGAAUGGUACAUUUGACACCUUGAUGCAUUUCUAUGAUAAUUCAACUCAGACAUGAACUGGGACAAUCAGCUGAGCUCUAUCCUGUCAGUGGCAGAUGGCAGCGUUGCAAAGAUGAGGGAGAGACUGACCUCACCAGGGAAAUUCACCAAAGUAGAAGAAGACUUGUUUCCAGUGAAGGAUAGGGUUCAUGAUUCAGAUGUCGACCGUCCUGCUCUUCCUCUCCGGGUCCCCCCUCUCCGACAGCCUUCCCCAUCUCUCAGUCCUGGUGUUCAAUGGGCAGACCUUGCUGCUCUCCAGUCACAACUCCAGAUACAGAGCCAGGCGAUUGAGUCUCUCACUCAGAAACUCCACGACAUGGAAAGGGAGAGACGGUCUCAGCAAUGUCACAUCGACACACUACAAGAGGAGGUUCACAGGCUGAGGGAGAGGGAAAGAGAGAGGGACGAAUCGAGGAGGGGACAAAGUCCAGGAGCAGAGAGAAGGAUGGAGCAGUGGAGGAGAGAGGUCGGACGUGAGCUGAGCAGUCUGCGGGGACACAUCACGAGAGCCACGUCGCUAGGCAACCUGGAGGAGAGUUUCAGCUCAAAGCUUCGCCGGGAGGAGCUGGAGCACCUGCGGAGAGAAGUGGACCAACUGAAGACACGACUAAGAAGACAGGAGGAGGACGUGUUCCUCCACCAAGCAGAGGCCAGAGAGACCAGGAGACAGUAUGAACACAGCUGCAAGACACUGGAGGAGCUGACAGACAGCUAUAGAACUCAUAGCACUGAUCUGGCAAAGACAGUCUCUCAGUAUUCUCGCACGCAAGAAGAGGUCCGGCAGAUCAGAACAACCGUGUCAGAACUGAGGGAGGAAGUAAGGAGACUUGUUCUCCGAGAACGUGAACCAACACCUCUGCUGUCAGCGCACAGACCUGGGGCAUCACAACACCCACUCCCUCACAGCCCCGGCAGAGGGGUUAGAGUUGAAGAGCCGGACUCUGACUCAGAAGACUUUAGCCCAACCCCGAGCCUGGCUGAAGUCAGCUCAGAUGAUCUGUCUUGGCUGGAUGACAAAGAUCCUGCUCUUCAACAGAAGCCGCGAGUACGUCUGAGCGUUCAGUCCCGACGGAGUGACUUUGCUGGUCCGGAAUCAGAUCUGGAGGAUGAUGAUGAUGAUGAUCCCCUUGAUGACGACGUGAACCCAGAUUUAGUAUCUGACCUAAGUCUCGAUGACCUCUGACCUUUUUUAAAGGUGACGUUCUGUAAUUUCACUUGGGAAGAAUUCAGCAACAAAGACAUUUCUUCCAGCUUCUCCAAUACACUACCUGAGAUGUAUUAUUACUUUUAAACUGAUUUGUUUUGAUCACUUACAGUUUGUAGUUACAGCCCUAUUCUUAUGAACAAAAUAGAAACAGUCUGUUCAAACGGCCAUAUGGCUUAUUUCCUUUGUGGUCCUAAGGGAAGGGGAACGGAAACAAAGGAUGGCUAAUGGCGUGGCAACAGAAACGCAUACAUAACAGCAAGUAAUUAAGUCAUCCUACUUAGUCUUAUUACUGUUGUUUAACAGACCUGCUUGGACAUAUGUGACACAUAGUUCAUACAUUUGGGGAAACUUUCUCUUAGUGUGGGAAAUUCUCAAAUGCUAAGUUGUUUGUGAGAAAAUCAGAAGUGUUAGGGACUCAGGACUGAUUACACUCUGUCAGACCAACAGGUUAAUAACUGCUUUUUGUUUGUUUUUUCAAAUAGAUUUCCAAUUGCUAAUUCGUCUUUAAACAGUCUGAUCCCAUGUGACACACCCAAUCCCCUGCUACCACAUUGUUCUAAAACAAACCACCAAAGGAUUCAGCAGAUGCUACCUGGUUGAUAUCUCUUCGUUUGAAAUACUAUGCGUCAAAGUAUUGUUUCUCCUCAGUCUAGUUAGUGACGUCUGCUAAUGGCUGUGGACAAAGGACUGUUCUCUUUAAAUAAUCUGCAGUAACCGUCUCCACAUGCACAGACUGGUAGGAUACUGGGAGCACACUGUGGAGACAGGCAGGUGUUUAAAAAGCUGAGAUCUUUGAGAGAGCUUCUCAUUCAUUUGUGAUGGUGGAUAGCAAAGCUUUGUGGCAGAGAAGUUGCAUUUUUGGAAGCAGCUUUAUUCCUCACUGAUUUUGAGUCAGUCACCACCCAAUGGAUAUAAUGGUUUCAUUUUUGCCACACCCUCUGAACCCAUGUUGCGAGUCGACGAUAAUUUCCUACCAGUGUUAAAGGAGAGGAAUGCUGUGAUUUUUCUGCUAAACCACAAGGUUUAGUUUCAGGCAGAAGAUUUUACAGUUAUGUUAAGGUUUAUGAUUACAGAUUGUUGGGGUAAGGGAAAGUUAUGGGGCAGUAGACUUUCAUCUCUGCCCAUUACUACAGUGGAAUCAAUAAGAACACCACUGAUCACUGUGCUUUUGAUUUGCACAAUUAUUGCCCACAAUAUUCUUAUAUUGACUUAAGUUGGUAGUUUUGAAUCAAUCGGUUUGCUUUACAGCAGAUUUAACUUCAAAACAUUGCACUUUGAUGUCCAGUAUAGGGCUUCAACUAACGAUUAUUUUCAUUUUUGAUAAAUCUGUCGAUUAUUUUGUCAUUUAAUCAGUUAGUUGAUUAGUUUCUAUAACUACAAACUGCAUCUCAUCUGUUGUGAUAUGACAAUGAAUUGUAAAGUCUCAGAAAACUGUGGAAAAUGUGUUUCCCAAAGCCCAAGAUGAUGUCCUCAAAUGUCUUGUUUCAUCCAUAACUCAAAUAUAUUAAAUUUACUGACAUAGAGGAGAAAUUAAACUAGAAACAUUACAUUUAAGAAACUGGACUCAAAUAAUUUUUCUUAAACAAUGACUCAAACCGAUUAAUAGAUAUCAAAAUAGUAGCCGAUUAAUUUAAUAGUCGGCUACUAAUUGACUAUUUUAUAACUCGUUGCAGCUCUAUUACAGUAAUAAGUGUAAAACUUCAUAGUACUUUUUUUGAGCUUGAGUUCUGGUGAGCUACACUCUUCAGUACAGCAGUGUAAUGUCUAUUUAAUGGGUUUUUAAUCCUGACAUAAUGCACUCUAAAGUCCAGGAGGAAUCUGAUGAAGGACGGGGUUUUGAUUCCUGGUAAUGCAACUGAAGCAAAGGUAAAGAGGAAUCAAAAGCCAUUAACAUUAUCAAGGCGCCAACACCCCCAACCUCCACUGCGAUGUCUUUAUAUACACUCUCAGUUAAGACGAGAGUCCUUUUAUGCUGCCGUGUCUGACAUGAGUCACACUGUGCCAGGCUAGGUGUCGAGCUGUUUAAUAUUUCAGCAUCCAGACACCCCCCAUCGACGAUCCCAGACCACAGUGCAGAGCCACAGGGGAGCAGACAGGCAGGUCAAGUGUUCAGUGGGGUGUGAAUUCGGAGCAAUGGGUGUGGAAAGUGACCAUAGACACAAUCCAGUUCAUCUAAAGAGACAGAUUGUUUCACCAGUUAAUAGUGAACAAUAAAAGACCUUUUGGCAAACAGUAACUGGCACAAAGCAGUACAUAACCGUAUUUAAACAAACCUCUUUUAACACACUCUCCUUGUAUAGCUGUAAAUGUUGUAUUUGAAGAGACAUUUAAUGAAGAAAAGGCUCAUUUAUUUGUUAUUGUGGCCAGAUAAUGGCUGAUGAAUCAGACCCUUCUGCUGCAGUUUUAUUGCAUUUGCCAAGUAUUGUGUAGUGGCGCUGUUGUAAAGCACUGCACUGAUUCAUUCACUAACGGUCUGUAAAGAAAAAGUUUAUUUUUUGUCUCCAACAAUAAAAGUCUGUGUAAAAGUUGAAA